AUGGCGUUCCACCCAGACAGUCUCCCCGAUCUCGAGGGCAAGAUAUUUAUAGUGACAGGGGGGAACUCUGGCAUAGGCUACCACACCGUUGCUCGCCUUGCGGAACAUGGCGCUCAUGUCUACAUGUGCGUCAGGUCAUUGGAGAAGGGUACACGGGCAAUCGCUGAGAUUAACGAAAAAUGCCCCUCGGCGAACGUUGACCUCUUGCAAAUGGAUUUGACGGACCUCGCCACCGUUGUUGCAGCUACCAAACAUUUCCUCACUCUCGAAACAACGCUGCAUGGGUUGGUCAAUAAUGCAGGGAUCAUGGCCACACCCUUCGAGAUAACCAAGGAUGGACACGAGGCCCAGUGGCAAGUCAACUACCUCGCUCAUUGGGUCUUGACGGAACAUAUGCUUCCUUUGAUGCUACAAACAUCUAAGAAUCUCGCCCCGGGCAGCGUACGCAUCGUCAAUCUUACUUCAUCGGGCCACUUGGGAGCACCCAAGGGCGGGAUUAACUUCAACGACCCAUCCCUAAGAGAAGGGAAUACUUGGACACGAUACGGACAGAGCAAGCUGGCCAACAUUUUGCAUACAAAGUCUCUGCAUGAGAGAUAUGGGCCCGGCUCUUGCAGUGCACGAAAUGAAGAGGGCGAGAUCUGGGUUACAUCCGUGCACCCUGGUAUGGUCGAAACAAACAUCGCAGCCCCGGCGAGGGAGUCACGGUCGAUCAUAAUGAUUGUUUUCUCGUUCUUUCGAGUGCUUGGCUUCGUAUCGCCAGCUGAUAAAGGUUCUUGGAAUAGCGUCUUCUGCGCGGCAAGCGAGGAAAUGGAAGCUGAACAAGCCGGUGGCUACUUGGAAAUAUUCCGGCGAUUCGGGGAGCCUAGAUGGCAGAGUAGCGCAGCAAAGGAUGUGGGGCUUCCAAAAGAGCUGGAAAAAUGGACGAGGGGCGUGAUGAGAAGAGAAGGAUGGUCUGGGGAGUAA